AUUUGCAAGCACGUGGACGGCGGAGUACGGAAGUGCGGAGAUGCUCGCAUAAGCUGAUGUGAACGCACAUAGAGGGUCCAGAUGUCUCGUGCAAAUGUGCUGUCUCUGUAUCGGCGGGUUCUCCGCAUUGCACGCAGCUGGAAGGCUCAGUCUUCAAUACCAAAGGACACUGACACUGAGAAGAAAUACAUCACGCAGGAGGCUCGAACCCUUUUCAGACAGAACCAGCAGAUAACAGACCCAGAAUCAAUCCAGAGAUGCAUUGAAGAGUGUGAAGCUCGGAUAGAAAUUGGUCUGCAUUAUAGGAACCCCUACCCCAGACCAACGUAUCUUCCUCCGAUGGGUCUGGCCACUCAGAAAGGCAGAAAACUGCGAGCUCAGCAGAGACUGAGGAAACAAGCCAAACCAGUGUACCUACAGUCUCAAGAUGAGACCUGACACACACACACACUUCACCGUACUUAUCUUAAAGUGUGUGUAACUUCAUAUUAAAAAGCAUCAGGGAACAUUAUGAAGUCUGUCAGAUCAUAGUGCAAGGAAAACUGCCGGUGUAAAGUGUGAUGAAUGUUAAUAUGAGCUAUGUAAAUGGUGUAUUUAUUCUUAUUGUAUACAUGUCUGCAUCUAGUAUCCAUCUUUCGUUACACUUUAUAAGUUUACACUCUUAUAAUGUUAAAUUGCAAAUACUUAAACCUGACCACUUUAAGCUAUAAGUUAUAUUAUAAGUUAUAUUAUAAGUUAUAUUAAACUCAACAACAAUCAGUGUUGAGUUUUUGUAUCCUCUCAGUUUUGGCAUCAAAUGUAGUGUGAGGAUGUGUUCAGUUGUCUAGUUGGCACAGGCAGGCGACGCCGCGGUUUACCCAGUGCUUCUGUGGCUGAUCUGAGGGCAGCUCGAUGGACAGCACAUAGUUCGUGGAGUGACCGGUGGUGGAUAGAGUCCCUCGUCUGGCGCUGGUCUUGUACACCGGACACACAUAAACGUUUUGGUGCAGGAAGGUGGCGCUCUCUCCGGGCUUCAGCCAGAUUAUGGGCAGCGAGUCGAAGAGAACUUUAGGAACAGACUCACCGAUAACCAUGUGCUCUCGAUUCCAGCGAGCGCCCUCAAGGAAGAGCCCACGGAUAUAAGCUCCGUCCUCCGGCUUCUCCUCCAUAUGAGUUUCCUGUUUGCACACCUAAAAGAUCCACAAUAAAAAUAUAAUUGUAGUUUCCACAAACAAUAUGAAACAAUAUAAAUGUUUUCAAUACAAAUUAUAUUGAGAAAUGACUAAGCAUGGACCAGUAUAAGAUUCUGACCCUAUUAUACCCUUGAAUAAAAAUAUCAGGGUUUGACAGUA